UGCAACUGUUUCGCCCCCAUCAUCGUCAUCGUACGAUGGCGGCGGCAACUUCGCGAAAGGCGGCGGCGCGAAUUCGAACACAGAGCGACUGCUACACAAGCGGAGAGAGAGAGCGUGCAUGGAGGAGGUCUCUUGCGGAUGAUCUAGGUCUGGACGAAACCUUCCGUGCCAGUUUGAAUGGGAUGACGUCAUCUGGCGGCCGGCUGUCGCUGGGUGCGUCGCCAGGGCGCACCGACCGUGUCGACUUUGGAAAGCUUUCAGACACGGCAGCAGAAAUUUUGAGCGAUGCCAAGCUCAUUCGAGGUGGCAAGGAGGCCAAAUUGUACCAGCAAUCGCUAUGUCUAUCAGACGAAGGCAGGGUAUCGGUCACCGCUGACGACGGCGAUGUCCAAUCGAUGCUCCUAGACGCAAAAGAAGCGCUCUCCAUGGACGUAUCGAACGACGCCGACGAAAAUUCACGCGUGUUACAACCACUGACUCCGGAGCUCGUCGAAUGGGAGGGCAUCCUAAGCAAACGGUCCGAGUGGUUGCGGCGAUGGGAGAAGCAUUACUACGUCAUGGUUGGCACGACCCUCAAACGCUUUGCAUCGAAGGAGGCGUUCAUGGCGACGCUGCAAGAGUCGCCUGUUGAAGGCAGGCCGCCCCCGCCGUCGUAUGUGAUUCAAGGCGUGAAAGAAGCGCCGAAUCGAGCCAACGGGUUCGUCUUUAGCUGCCAUGACGGCAAAACGCUGCAACUCACGGCGCCGACGCCAAUCGAGCGCGUGAUAUGGAUGCGACUGGCCCAGGAAGCCAUGGCAUCUCUGCCCGACUUGCCCGUGUUCCCGCUCGAGAUCGAAGAGUUUUACGCAAUGUUGAUCGUGUUGUACACGGCGCACAGCGGCAACUGGCGCACGUCAGGGGAUAUGGCAGUGACGCUUCCACCCCCUUCUGAGCAGGUCUUUUCCCGCUUCUUCCGCCUCCUGGAUCGUGACAUUUUGGUCUCGUCCAACUACCCGCCUUCCGUCCCGUUUUGUGGCUCGUUCCGUGGCGCGAGUGGGUUUGUCCAGUUCCUCCACACGUUUGCCUCGCACACGACGUGGACCAACUUCAAAAUCGAGGGCAUUGCGAUGGAAGACAUGGUGGCUGUUGCGUCCGGGAAAGAAGAACUCGAGAACGUCCGCGACCGGCGCAAGUUUGUCCAGAACUGGGUCCACAAGUUUAACUUUGCCCCCGACGGCCGCCUCAUUAAAUUUGAAAUUAAUGGUGACGUUGUCGCCGCAUCCGCCGUGUACAAGGUCCCCGGCGCCGCCACGACCCUCACCCUGCCCCAGGACUUUCAAGAAGUCCAAACCCCGCUCUCCGGCACACUCACGGUGCGAGUGCUCCAGGGGUCGGGGCUCAAGCUCCUCCAGGCAACUUCGUCCAGCAGUACUGCCACCGCUCGAAAAACCCAGUCGCUCCAGGAUCCUCGCGUUGUUCUGAGCCUGGCCAUCGGCGACCUUACGUCCACGUCGCACAGCCAGCUUCCCCCAACACUUCUCCCAGCUCCAUCGUCCGCCGCCGCGGCCGCGACCGCCUCCCUCGCGUCGCUGUCGUCGACAGCGUCAUCUUACCUGCCACUCCCAUCAACACUUACUCGCAAGCUGUCGACGAGUCUGCUCAUGCGGUCGGUGUCUGCACCCCUCGCAUCGUCCAAGCCCGACUCUGCCACAGCGGACUCAACGCCGACACAACCACCCAAACCGUACCCGUGCAUGACGGACGCCGCACGAAACAAGGGCCAAUUCUCCACAGAGGGCGACCUCACCGCGCCGGUGUGGAACUCGGUGCUCACACUGCCGUUUGACCAGGUUCAGGGAGUCAUCCGCCUACUCGUGGACGUUGUCGAAGUCUCGUCAUCGUCUUCCAGAGCCCCGACGAAAGUCGGCGCCGCGUUUGUGAACGUUGCCAAGUACAUCAUGGAGCAAGAGGCGAAACGAACGACUAAGUCACACAACACCAACCACACGUCGAGCACUUCGUCGUCCGACCACCAGCAGCACACGCAAUGGGUGACCAUUAGCACGACCCGUGGCGAGUUUUGCGGUCGCGUCCAGCUCACGAUUUCGUGCGUGCUCCAGCCCGCGGAGGCGGCGCAUAAACCGACGCCCGCGGCGCAGCUCAUGCAGUGGAGCAACAUCAAGAAAGACGACAACAUUGCGCCCAGUUUGAAUCGACCUGGUUGGUCUCAGAUGAGCCUCAACACGGAUGCGGGUUCGUCCGAGAAACCAUCCAUGGAUGCUGUCAAGUCGCCGGACGCCGCCGUCAACCCCCUCAUGCCCAAGCAAUGCGAUGACGACGAAACGAUGCACGUGUACACAGUGUGUGGCGCGCCGUUCGUGAUUCCUCAGCACUACCACCUUAUCAAAGUGUGUGGUCGGGGGGCGUACGGGAUCGUGAUCGCCGCGACGAACCAAGAAACGGGCGGCAGCGUUGCCAUCAAGAAAGUCAUCGACUGCAUCUGGCACCCCCAUCAACUCAAGCAAAUUCUUCGUGAAGUCCGACUCAUGCGCCACUUGUGUCACGCCAACAUUUUGUCGCUUAUGGACUUGAUCCCGCCGCCGUCGUACCAGGACUUUCGCGACGUGUACAUGACGGUCGACUUGCUCGAAAUGGACCUCCACCGGAUCAUCUACUCGAAGGAGGUGCUCAGUGACGACCACAUUCGUUACUUUGUGUUUCAAAUGCUCAGUGGGUUGAACCACAUGCACGCAUGCGGCGUCCUCCAUCGCGACCUAAAGCCCAGCAACCUCCUCAUCAACUCGGAUUGCCAGUUAAAGAUCUGCGACAUGGGCCUCGCAAGACCCAAGGACAUUGACGACCUCGGCAUGACCGAGUACGUUGUGACGCGGUGGUACCGAGCCCCGGAACUGUUGCUCGGGAGCGCAUACGACGAAGGUGUCGACGUGUGGGCGGCGGGGUGCAUCAUGGCCGAAAUGCUCGGUCGCAAGCCGCUUUUCCCUGGUCGCAGCUAUGUUCACCAACUGCAGCUCAUCAUGAACGUGUUGGGAGUUCCCGAAGAAGUCUCGUUCAAGGAGAACCCACAGGCGCAGAAAUUCAAAGGUCGACAGCUGCUCAGUCGAACACCGACCCGGCAGGGCAUUGACACGUCCGUUCUAUUUCCCAAUGCCAAUCCAGAGGGCCUCGAUCUGCUAUGGAAGCUUCUCGUCUUCGACUCGUCCAAGCGCAUGACGGUGCAGGAAGCCCUGCGCCAUCCGUACUUGGCGUCGUACUACGUCGAGUCCAACGACGACCGCGAAGUUGAAAAGUUUCACAGCUUUGACUUUGAAGAUUUGGGCGAGAACGACCUGAAGGAACUCAUGUUUCGGGAAAUCUGUCAUUUUCACCCGGAAGAGAUGGAGAAACGAGCAAAACAAAUGGCCGACAUGCCCAAGGAAGAGCAGCUUCCGCCGGGCUGGGUCAAGCGCGAAAGCCGAAGCAUUCGGGGGAAGUUCUACUACUCGCACGCCAAACGCGGCAUCAGCACAUGGGUGAAACCCACCAACUAAUAGACUUCGGUGCCAUGCACGGCGAUUGUGAAUGGCUCUGAUACAACGGCGCAGUCGGAUCAAAUAAAAUAUUGGGUCAUCACCGCCAAAA